GGGGCGGCCCGGGCCGGCGCGGCGAGCGGCGCGGCGGAUGGAGAGUCUGGCCGCGGCCGGCGGCGCCGCCUCCUCGUCGGGCCGGGCACGGCGGGCCGGGGCCUUUGUGUGAGGCGGCGGCGGCGAUGGUGCUCGGGCCCCGCGGAGCCGGGUUAACUGUGCUGGUAAGGAGGCAACCUUAUAGGAGCUGCUAAGAUGGGCAUGAGGAUCAAACUGCAAAGCACCAACCACCCCAACAACCUGCUGAAGGAGCUCAACAAGUGCCGGCUCUCAGAGACCAUGUGCGAUGUCACCAUUGUGGUGGGAAGCCGCUCCUUCCCGGCCCACAAAGCUGUGCUGGCCUGCGCGGCUGGCUACUUCCAGAACCUCUUCCUGAAUACUGGGCUUGAUGCUGCCAGGACCUAUGUCGUGGACUUCAUUACCCCCGCCAACUUUGAGAAGAUUCUGAGCUUUGUCUACACAUCAGAGCUCUUCACGGACCUGAUCAAUGUUGGGGUCAUCUACGAGGUAGCUGAGCGUCUGGGUAUGGAGGACCUCCUCCGGGCCUGUCACUCCACUUUUCCUGACCUGGAGAGCACUGCUGUGGCCAAGCCCCUGACUGGCACCAGUGAGAGCCACGCUGGUACCCUGAGUUGUAGUGCAGCAGAACCCCCUCAGCCCCUUGGGGAACUCCGGGGCACUGGGGAGCACUUGGGUCCUGAUAGAAACUAUGUGUUACCUAGUGAUGCUGGAGGGAGCUAUAAAGAGGAAGAGAGAAAUCUUACCAGUGACACUAAUCAUAGUCUGCCUCUGCCACAGCAGCCACUGCCACCAAAGACAGAAGAUCAUGAUGCCCCUGCUUCUUUCCCGUCUGUUCCUAGUGUGGUGACGCAGCCAAUCCUAGGCACUGUCAGCAUGGGCAUCCAGACCAGCGCGAGCUCCUGCCAGCCGUACAAAGUUCAGAGCAAUGGAGACUUCAGUAAAAACAGUUUCUUCACCCCUGACAAUGCAAUAGACAUUACCACUGGGACCAACUCUUGUCUGAGCAAUAGCGACCACUCCAGAGAUCCAGGCUUUGGGCAGAUGGAUGAGCUCCAGCUGGAGGACCUUGGGGAUGAUGACUUGCAGUUUGAAGACCCUACCGAGGAGAUAGGCACAGCUGAGGAGGUGAUUGAGCUGAGCGACGACAGUGAGGACGAGCUAACUUUUGGAGAGAAUGACAACCGAGAGAAUAAAGCCAUGCCCUGCCAGGUGUGCAAGAAAGUUCUAGAGCCUAACAUUCAACUGAUCCGACAGCAUGCUCGGGACCAUGUGGACCUGCUGACAGGCAACUGCAAGGUCUGUGAGACCCACUUCCAGGAUCGAAACUCCCGGGUGACCCAUGUUCUGUCCCACAUUGGUAUUUUCCUCUUCUCCUGCGACAUGUGUGAAACUAAGUUCUUUACCCAGUGGCAGCUCACCUUCCACCGGCGGGAUGGAAUAUUUGAGAACAACAUCAUUGUCCACCCUAAUGAUCCCCUGCCUGGGAAGUUGGGUCUCUUUUCAGGGACAGCCUCUGUAGAGUUGAAAUGUGCCGCCUGUGGGAAGGCAUUGGCCAAAGAUUUCCACGUAGUUCGGGGCCACAUCCUUGACCAUCUAAACUUGAAGGGCCAGGCCUGCAGCGUCUGUGACCAGCGCCACCUCAACCUCUGCAGCCUCAUGUGGCACACGCUCUCCCAUCUCGGCAUUUCGGUCUUCUCCUGCUCUGUCUGUGCGAAUAGCUUUGUGGACUGGCAUCUCCUGGAGAAGCACAUGGCUGUGCACCAAAGCCUGGAAGAUGCCCUCUUCCGCUGCCACUUGUGCAGCCAGAGCUUCAAGUCAGAGGCUGCCUAUCGCUACCACGUCAGUCAGCACAAAUGCAACAGUGGUCUUGACGCGCGACCUGGUUUUGGGCUACAGCACCCAGCUCUCCAGAAACGGAAGCUGCCAGCAGAGGAGUACCUGGGUGAGGAGCUGGCUCUGCAGGGCCAACCUGGGAACAGCAAGUAUAACUGCAAGGUCUGUGGCAAAAGGUUUGCCCACACAAGCGAGUUCAACUACCACCGACGGAUCCACACGGGCGAGAAGCCCUACCAGUGUAAGGUGUGCCACAAAUUCUUCCGAGGCCGCUCGACUAUCAAGUGCCACCUCAAGACACACUCGGGGGCCCUCAUGUACCGUUGCACGGUCUGUGGCCACUACAGCUCCACCCUGAACCUCAUGAGCAAGCACGUUGGUGUGCACAAAGGCAGCCUGCCGCCCGACUUCACCAUCGAGCAGACAUUCAUGUACAUUAUUCAUUCCAAAGAGGCGGACAAGAACCCGGACAGCUGACUGGGUCCCAGCAGAGCCGGGGGAGCUCCCAGGCGGCAGCCAGGACAUUGGCUUUCUAGUGGCCGUUGGUCCCUCCCCAGCUGAAGUUCCAAUUUUGCCUUGCUACGACUUCUGUUCUGUUUUGUGUUAAAAGAAGAAAAAAGAAGAAAUAGCACAUGAGCUGUUACUGUUCUUGAGAAGCAACGGCCCUAUCAUGUUUACCUCCUUACCUGUUCUUGCCCACGAAGGGCUGUGUUUUUGAUUCUUUUGGGGCUGGUUUGGGGAUCUCGUCAGGCAGUUGGUGUUGACUAGAUCCCUUUCCCCAGCCUCUCAAGUUUUAGUUUACUGAUAGGUUUAUGCUGCUAAGAACCCAACCAGUAGCCUCACUAAAUAGAGGAGGUGGAGAGAGGUUUUCACUGUGGCUAUUACCAUCAGACCUCCCGCUGGGACACCUGCUCUGAGAGAGAUCUGGGGAAUGUGGUCAUCUGGAAAAGACGAGUCAGCAGGGCAGCUUGCUUUGGGUUCCAGGCCCAGCCCUCAGCCCUCAGCAGGGAAGGGGCCUCGGAGAUGGAGGUGCCUGCUGGUUUCACGGCUCUAAUCUGCUGAGUGGACAGUAAAAUCUUUUGGCAGCUAGAUCCAAACUGGGGACAAAGCUUUCUGUUUAGGUCAGAAAGCUUUGGGAUGAAUCCUUGCUAGCUGGGAGAGGUGUCCUGCAGGGCCGCCAGGAGUGGCAGCCUGGAUGGACGGGAACAGAGGCUUCUCUUUUCUCCUCAAUUCCAAAGAAACACGAUUGCAUGGAGUGAUGGCCCAGGACGUCAGCUCUUCCCUGUGGGGCAAAGAGGACAGGGAGCCACUGUGAUAUAGUUGUUUGUCAUCUGGCCACCUCCAUCGACCUUGAGUUCCCUGGUGGAGAGGUGGGGAUGUCUCUGACAGCAGCAGCCUUGCCUUAAUUUACAUCCAGUCUCCCACCUUAGAAGUCUAGUCUAGAUGAGAAAAGCCCAUGAGGUGGUGAAGUGGUGGACUGUGAGCCCUUCAGGAUUAAAGGGACCCCUCGAGUAACUGGUGGUGUGUAGCCAGAUGUGCGUUCUGUCUGUCCCAGGCAGAUGACCUGUUGUUUACUUUGUGUUAACUGGGCGGGAGCUUUGGCAGCUCACCUUUGAUCUGCUGGAAUUUACCCUGAUCUGUCAUUGCAUGGCCACCAGGGGGCGCCGUUGGAUGGCUGCUGGUUUGGGCGCUCCCCAGGUGGCCAGGGGAUGAGUCUGCCCAGUCCAGGGGGCUGGUUGGCUCCAUUCUUGGUUGGCUUUUGAGGAGGUCUUGCCCAAAGAAGGUUUGAGGGAGAAGGCCCUCGGCUCCCGCAUGCUCACAAGGUGGCACCGCAGUCACUCAUACUACCUCACCCUGCUCCGGCGAGCUCUGGGAGUCCUGGCCUCCGCCCUGACGCUGCCCCUGGUGGGACUCGGCAGCACCCCGGGCUGUUUCACAAGCAAGUGGUUUUAAUGAACUCACAGAGCCUCUUUGGACGUUAUAUUUAUUUAUUUUUGUUGUUGUAUGCAUAUUACUCAGCAUCUCGUUUGGAUAAGAGACUUUAGGAAAAUGAGUUUCUCCCCAGCAAGUAGCCAUAUUCCGGUGGAUAGUGCGGGCCAGAGAUGAGGGAAACGGGGUAGAACUAGGGGAGACCGUGUCAAGCCUCGAAACAAGCAGAUUCUUUUCUUUCUUUCCAGAUUGUCUCUUGCAGAAUAAACCCAGGGAACCCCUUAGGUAAUGGAUGUAAGUUCUGAGAAGUUGGGGCUUGUUAAAUUCCUAGGCCUUUCAACUCCGUUCCAUCCUGUGAUUGAGUAGAUUGGGGACUGGGAUGAGGGGAUCAAGUCACCUGAAGGACCUUUCUGCUGUUUUCCCAUCCUUCCUGGACUGGGGAAGCUGUAUUAAGACCCACAGGCAGGCGGAGCUGUGCCCCGGUGGGCCUGCUGCUGCUCGCCCGGCCCCAAGGUGAUGAUGCCUCCGAGUCAGAUGGAGUGCACCGCUCCCUGGUCGGAUGACAUUACGUGAAGGGACUUGUACAAGUGGCCACCUUUCACCCUCUAAACGCAACUUGUGGAAUGUUCCCUCGGGACAUUCUUGUCAGGAAAGUAGCGCUGAGGCUUCAUCCCUGACUGGCGCACGCUGACCAUUAGGAAUUUAAGAAGGAAAAUGUGUGGAACGCUGUGGUCCACGAAGCCACCGAGGCCUGAGUGACCCCUCGCAGGCUGGGUGAGGACUGCUGUUUGAAUGGCCGGGCUUGAGAGAGGCCAAACAAUAGCAGAGAAUGGAUCAGUGUGCUGGAGAAACGCUUCUCCUUAACAGAGGGUGUCAGGGAUGCUGGGUAGUCUGUAUACUUAACCUGAAACUGUGAAGUUUUCCCUUUUUGCCAGUAAACCAAAAAGCAAAUCCUUGAAACUCUGCCCCUGAAACACUAAACAAAAACCUGCACCCCCGAUCCUCCGGAGGCCAGGGGGCUGGAGAGGGUAGCCGGGCUGGCUGCAGUCAGACAGUCGCAGGGUCAGCAGCUCAUGUGGCUCACUGACCAAACCCUGUUCCUCCGCGUGUCCCUCACGUUCAGGCCUGACCCUCCCUCUGUGUGGAGUCGGGUUGGCUGCCUCUGCCCCCAGCUCACCCUUUUCCGAACUUUUACUUGAAACGCUAGACAGGUGAAGGGCACCCUAGGAUACCUGGUGGAAGGCAUUCAUUUUAUUUUGAGUUUUUAAUUUUUCAACCUUCUGUUCAUUUGAUCUUAAUGCCACUGAGGCCCUGGAGCCCCGUUGAGCACUGUCUCCUGCUGUAUUGUUCCCAGGUUCUGUUUGACCCUUAAAUGUCUUCACCUUUUUCCCCUUUUAUCUUGUUCUGUACUCAGGACUGGCUACACAAUUUGCAGAGCCCUUUGUUUAAAAAUUAUUAAGAAAUUUCCAGAUGGUGACUAUAGAGCGUUAAACCAAGCACAAGGCCAUUCCCAAUGUGUCUCCUGAGGGAAAAGGGUAAUGCUUUCCGGCAUGCUGGUGUAAACAGCGGAGGCUGCUUGUGGCCAGAGGAGGGGGUCAGUGUCCCGGCACUCCCAGCACCCUCAGCAAAGCUCUGCUGUGCCCUAGUAUUUGUUCCUAAACUGUAAGACUCCGUGGAGUCUCUAUAGUUCAUGGCUAGUUGGGGAGAAAGGAGGUGGGGUCCAGCCAAGGUGACCCCCAAGAACCAGGAAAUGGGUCAAAGUUCAUUUUGACUUUCUUCUCCCCAUCUGUCAGCACCCUUUGGUCUCCAGGACAAGGCUUUGGGCUUAAAUACCUUCUCCCCAGUCAGGUUUUGCUACUGAUGAAUUUUCUUCCACUUCUAGCCUCCUGCUGUGCUCUGUUCCCCAGACUACUCAACUCAUAAUGAAUUUACAUCCCUUUGUAGGUGGGCACUGAUUUUUUUGGCAUGGGAGUGGGCUGUGUGGCGAAGUCUGUGCCCUUCUGGGGGUCCUCACAUGUCCUUUGUCCUAAUCCUGCACUGAAUGAGCCAGGAAGCAGGGCACACAGUGUUCUUUUCAAUGUGAUCCUCAUCGUAAACUUAACAUCAGAAUGAAAAUGAACCUUUUGAUUUUGACGUUUCUUUAACACCCCUGUCUACCCUCUCACCUCUACUAGCUAAAGUCUCUUAUGAAACAGAGAAGAGUUAUUGACGUCUAACUCCUUCCAUUAAAUUAAGAAGUACUGACCUCCUAAUAUUUAAGUGUUUACUAUCUAUUGCUGUAAAGUUUUGUAUAUUUUGUAAACUUUUUUUCCCAAAUAGUAGAUGUUUAAAUCGUUGUACAUCUGAUUCUUUUAUAUUCCAUUGUUCAGCACAAAGUGUGGUUUUUAUUUAGAAUAAAAAAAGGACAUUUGAAAUGGGA